AUGGGCUCUGACAAAGUCCCGAGGCCCGCCUACGUGGUCGACGUCGACGAGGAUUCAGGCCGCGCUAUUCGUGGCAGUCGGCGGACCGCCAGCACCAAGGACAAGGAAAAGCCAAAAGUGUCGCAUCGAGACAGGGACAAGGCCAAGGACACCGACAGAGACACUCGGUCUGAUAAACCCAAGAGGAGGACCAAGGGCGACACCGACCGUGACCGAGAACGAACGGAUCGUCCUUCUGACCGCCCUGUGACUGGCCGUGUCGAGCGAGAGAGAAACCUCGAAGUCAUCACGACAGAACGAGAACUGAAGCCGCUGGAGCGCCGCAAAUCGUCAGCGAGCAGCACUCAUUCGCCUCAAAAGCAAACUCGGCCUCCGUCCGCGCACAAGAACAGAAGCUUCCCCAGAAUCUCCGACCCUUCAAGUCGACGGGACGAGCCGUCACAUUUCGGUGUCCCUCCAUCUCCUACGGCCCGGGCCCCAAUCGUGUCGCAGCCUACGGUGCAAGCAAUGCCUCAACCCAUUCCCGUCCGGCCUCGAGCCAUCACAACACAAACAUUCCCAUCAAGACCUCUCAGCUACCAUGCUGCUUAUAAUGCCACUGGUGGAUAUGGUGGCCCUCCAUUGUCAGCAUCUGCGUGGGCGAAUUAUCAACCGCAGCCCAUGAUUACUCAGGGCUAUCAAUCGCCUGGAUAUUCCCGUUAUGCGGCUACGCCUGCUCCUCCAUCAUCCGAUUACUUUGGGUCGCAGGCUAUGUCCGCGCCUGACCGGCCAAUGUCUGCGCGGCCGUUGGCGUCGAGGUUUGAUCCUCCUUCGCGAACCCAGUCAGGAUUUGGCAACCGUGAUGCCGUCCCAUAUGAACCCAUCACCUACGAGAGCUAUCACGAUGAUGGUUAUGCUUCGGCUUCGGAAGGUACGAUAAGGAAACGGGACAGCAUACGUGUGCCAUCAAGAACAAUAGCGAAGAGAUUGAGCAAAAGUCGGGAGGACUACAAUGCUAUGCCUCCUCCACCUCGACCUAUUCUACGACGUCCCGUCACUGAAUAUGCCGCCGAGUCUAUAGACCCCUACCGCGAAGGGCGAACUCUUAUUCGCGAUGAUUCGCGACCACGCCAGCCAAGUUCCCACCGAAACUCAGUGACAUAUGACCUAGGCCAUGAGCGGGAACCUUCACGAUCCCGGCGUCCAGACUCAAACCGAAACUCGGCAUCCUAUGAUCAUAUUGUGGAUGACCCAGAAAGGGUGCGGAUUGAAACUGCAAACCAUGGACGGCGAAGACAAAGCUACUAUGGCCAAUCCGCCUCGGGAUCGAGUGGGUACGAGGACAAAAUUCGACAGGCUGCGAACUACCAAGAAGAUGUCGCAGGGCCGAGUGUGCCCUUAACUGCAGAGGUGCUAAAGCGCCAACAACGGCGUCAAACUGGCAGCAGCCGAAGCACCAAAAGCAGCAACAGUCGAGACGAAAGCGACUAUAGGAAGUCUGCGACGACCCGCACCACACGCAGUGGAAGCGGAGCCGAUGACGAGAAUGUGACUAUAAAAGUUACCGGGACGGCCCGUGUGAUGGUCGGUGGGGCGCAGAUUGAUUGCCCGGACGGGGGCGAAAUCGAAAUCAAGAAGCGGCAGCCCAAGUCCCUCCGCAACGGCAGCGAAAUGUCUGGCUCGGAGUACGGCGGGCAAGGUCAGAUUGACGACCGUCGAAGCCGGGUGGAUCGUCCUUCUGGUCGAUCAAGAUUGAGUUCACAACAUUCAUACACCCGGUCGACACAAUACUUCGGUGACAACUAUUUUUAA